AUACCACUGACAAAUUUAGCACGUCAAAUCAAAACAUUACGAAAAUUGCGACUGAAGUAGAUAUUAUUGAGAUAAAAUAAUGUCUGCGAGGCAAUCGAUUCAGGUCGGUUCAAAAACCGUCAGGGCUGUCCUCUCUUUGAACCAAGGAGACGCUAAGCGCAGAGUAUUGGCCUUGUACAGGGCCUGGUAUCGUCAGAUUCCUUACGUCGUGAAGGACUAUGAUAUUCCAAAGUCUGAAGAACAAUGCUGUGCUAAGCUAAAAGAGUUGUUCUUAAAGAACAAAGAUGUCACUGAUAUCAGGGUUAUUGACCUACUUGUGAUCAAGGGUCAGAUGGAACUCAAAGAAACAGUCAACAUGUGGAAACAAAAGGGACACAUCAUGACCUAUUUCAAGCCCACGGAAGAACCCAAACCAAAAGAUUUCCUUUCAAAAUUCUUCAAUGCUAAUGAAUGAACAUUUUAAAAAGAAAUCUGUACAUAGCCUCAUCGGAAUCUAAGUUAUAAUCAAAUGUAAAAAAUAGACAAUUCAGUUCAAAGUGAA